AUGCAUUUCUCCAGUUUCGGUUUACGCACUCUUUUGUUUGCUGGUUCUGUCCAGGCAAUUCCCUCGAGACAUCCAUCACAAUUGAUAGCAAGGACGACAUGCUUGCCUGAAUAUGCUGCCAGUACCACGUUUGUCGGUUGUUUCACGGACAACGCUGAUGAACGUACACUCGGGACGCAGCUGGGUGACUUGGAAGAGAACACCCCUCAGUCCUGUGCCAAUCAAUGCGGUCUAGCUGGAUACAGCUACGCUGGAGUGGAAUUUACCACCCAAUGUUUCUGUAGCAGCCAACCGCCCGUCAAUUAUGGUUCCAUCUCCGGAACUCAGGUCAACGCUAGUCAAUGUGACACACCUUGUCCUGGAAACGCAAGUGAAUUCUGUGGAGCAAGCGGUCGCAUUGAUGUCUACCAAAUAUCUAAUCCCAGCACGGGCAAUUAUAAUCCUACACUGCCCGACUGCUCCCGUGACCCCCUGUGUUCCAACAGCGUUUGCGAUACUUCCCUCAGCGUGGGCGACCGAGCUGCCGCUCUUGUCAGCAGUCUGACCUUGCAGGAGAAGAUCAACAAUGUACAAGGUUCAGCUUCUGGCGUUCCGAGGCUUGGACUUCCAUCUUACCAAUGGGACAGCGAGGGGCUUCACGGCGUCGCUGACAGCACUGGAGUCCGUUUCCAGACCCCAUUGGGGGUUAACUUCAGCUCUGCCACCAGCUUCCCAAUGCCGUUAUCCAUUGCUGCUUCAUUUGAUGAUCCUUUGACUGGUGAAAUUGCAUCGGUUAUCGCAACAGAAGCCCGAGCCUUUGUCAAUGGUGGAUACGCCAGUCUCUCGUAUAUGACUCCCAACCUUAAUGGGUAUCGAGAUCCACGAUGGGGAAGAGGAAUGGAAACUCCAGGCGAAGCAGUGCUUGUGAUCCAAAACUACGUGAAGAACCUAGUCCCAGGACUCCAAGGUGGCUUGAACCCCCAAUACAAGAAAAUCAUCGCCACCUGCAAGCACUAUGCUGCAUACGACAUUGAAACCGGUAGAAAUGGUAAUGACCUGAACCCUACGCAGCAGGAUCUGGCCGAGUAUUAUUCGCUUGGGUUUAAAACUUGCGUUAGAGACGCGAAGGCUGGCGCUGUCAUGUGUUCAUACAAUGCUGUCAACGGUAUUCCAUCCUGCGGAAACCGAUAUCUGUUGCAGAACGUCGUCCGCGAACACUGGGGCUUCUCUGAGCCACAAAAUGUGGUCAUUGGCGAUUGUGGUGCUGUUUACAAUAUCUACGACCCCCAUUUCUAUGUCGAUGGCAUGGCUCAGGCUGCCGCGAUUGCCCUCAAUGCUGGCACCGACAUCGACUGCGGACCGGUGGCCUAUGACUUUUUGAACGAAUCCAUUCCGACCAAUUUGACCACAGAGAGAGCUCUGGACCAAGCACUGACACGUGCAUAUUCAUCCCUUCUCCAGGCCGGGUAUUUUGAUGAUCCCGCAGAGUACGCCUCAUACUCUUGGGCAGACGUCAAUACUGAGGCAUCUCAGCAGCUCACUUAUCAAUCUGCGGUGGAGGGCAUCGUUCUAUUAAAGAAUGAUGGCACCUUGCCGCUACCAAAAGCACUGAAUAAUGUUGUCGUCAUCGGACCUAUGGCGAAUGCUACCACUCAAAUGCAAGGCGAUUAUUAUGGGACACCUCCCUACUUUGUCACUCCGGUCCAGGCAAUCCAGAAUAAGGCGUCAGGCGUGCAAUAUGAAAUUGGAACUCUUACCAAUACGACCAGCACGGCUAAUUUCAGUGCUGCUAUCAACGCGGCGAAGGAUUCCGAUUAUAUCAUAUAUGUUGGAGGCAUUGACCUGACUAUUGAAUCUGAAGGUUUUGACCGUACAACAAUUGAGUGGCCAGGCAAUCAGCUCGAUCUGAUCCAGGAGCUUUCAGCACUCGGCAAAACACUCAUUGUGGUCCAACUUGGAGGUGGUCAGGUUGAUGAUAGCAGCCUUCUGAAUAAUACGGGCGUCAAUGGCCUUCUUUGGGCGGGAUAUCCUGGACAGGAUGGAGGUUCUGCCAUUUACGAUGUCAUCACUGGCGUCCAGUCUGUUGCUGGUAGAUUGCCUGUCACUCAAUACCCAGGGGAUUAUAUUAAUGAAGUGAGUUUGUUCGACAUGAACCUGCGCCCUGUCGAAGGCUCGCCUGGUCGCACCUUCGUCUGGUACACGGGAACACCAAUUUUUCCAUUCGGGUACGGGUUGCACUAUACCAAUUUCUCCGUAUCAUGGGCAUCGAAACCAGCGACGCGUUACAACAUCGGAUCUCUGGGAUCCUCCGAAAAACGACACAAAAAACAAGCUGCGUCCAACCCGGAGCUUCUUGACUGGCCUUCUUAUACCAGUUUCGAGGGGCCAUACCUAGAUUUAGAACCAUUUAUUGAUAUCUCCGUCAAUGUCAAGAACACAGGAGGGAAGGCUAAUCUCGCUUCCGACUAUGUUGGCCUGCUCUUUAUCUCAACCAAAAACGGAGGACCGUCGCCAUAUCCUAAAAAGGAGUUGGCUGCCUAUGGUCGCCUGCACAGUAUUCCGGUCGGCUCAACAAAGAAGCUGACAUUCUCUCUCACUCUCGACAAUAUUGCUCGGACGGAUGUGGACGGUAAUCGAUAUGUUUACCCAGGAGAUUAUACCUUGAUGUUGGAUUACGACUCCAAGAUUAGCUUCAGCUUCACUUUGACUGGUGACAAGAAACUGAUCGAUGCGUUCCCGACGGAACUUUCCAACAUCACCGCUUCUGAGUACCUGGGCUGUUACCCCUCUGCUCAGAAGACGCUGUCAGUUUCUGCACCAUUACCGAGUUCGGGAGCUUCUAAUUAUCCUCAGCUAUGUGUGAACACAUGUGCUGAUCUGGGCCAUCAAUACUCUGGCGUCAAGAAGAAUCAAUGCUUCUGUGGUGACUCUUUCAGUACUACAGCGACUCCAGUUAGUGACAUUUUGUGCAAUUUCCCUUGUCCUGGAGACUCAUAUGAGUUCUGUGGAGCCUCUUCGUACCUCAGCGUCUUCAACGCCUCCGUGCCUACCGUGCUCGAGCCUGCUACGACUUCGUAG